GAGAGAGAGAGACCUCACACAGUGAGUGUAGAGACGUCUCUUAGGAUGCCUCCUGUGUCUGGAGAGGAAGAAAGCUCCGGGGGUCUCAAGCGUUCAGACUGCCUUUGUCCGGUGUGUCUGGACAUAUUCCUGGAGCCGGUCACUUUGCCCUGCAUGCACACCUUCUGCAAACCCUGCUUCAUGCAAACCGUGGACAAGUCCAACAUGUGCUGUCCGCUCUGCCGGAAACGUGUGUCCACUUGGGCGCGACUCAACAGCCGGAAGAAGACCUUGGUGAACGAGGAUCUGUGGAGACGCAUACAGGAGGCUUUUCCCACUCAGUGUGAGCGGAGAGCGCAGGGGAUCGAGGACGACGAUGAUGCUGUAAUGAUCCCGAGACCCCGCGUGUGUCCGCCGGGAGAGCUGAGGAAAGAGUAUGAGGAUCAGAUCAGUAAGCUGCUGGAGGAGAAGCGAGCUCUAGAGGAAGCCGAGAGGAGAGCCAGUGAGGAGUACAUCCAGCAGCUCCUGGCUGAGGAGGAGGAGCGCACGACGGAGGAGAGGAGGAGACGGGAGGAGCGGCAGCUGGAGGACGAUGAGAAGAUGGCCAGACUGCUGAGCCAAGAGCUGAAUUCAGGACCAAUCUCUGAAACAUCAUGUUCUUCUAAACCUGCUCAUAAUCCACCAGCAAAGAAGACAAAACCAAACACGGGGGACAUUGAGAAGUUUUUGCGUCCAGUGGCUCAUAAGCGGCCGAGCAGCCCAGACUCCUCCUCUCUGAUGGCCAAUAAGGAGAACAUUCUGAGCCCUACAAAAUCCCUCUCAGCUCAGUCUGCGGAGGACACAAGCAAACUGAGCAGGUCUGUGCUGGACUACAGCGGGAACCCCUCCAGCUCAAGUCCCAGCUUGGGCUCCAGCUCCGAACACACGUCUGUGUUGAACAGUCCGAACAGCAGCUCGAUGAAAAGGAAGAGUUCAGAGAUGGAGCUUCAGACGGAAGCGGAUCUGCUCGGUAAGAGGCUCUGUGCUGCUCCACAGUGUGAGUCUCCUUCAGCCGACAGCACGUUCCUGUCUGAAGUGACGUGGUACGAGGAGGCCUUACGGAGCCGCUGGCAGCAAGAGGAGGAGGACCGCAGACUGGCCAUGAGACUUCAGAAGGAGCUGAACCGUGAAAACACUGUGGACCGCAGGAAGGGUUCAGCCAACAGCUACUCGCUCCGGCAAAAACACACUCCGCCUUCCACAAGCACAGACACAGACGAGGAAAACACGAAAAAGAACAUCAGUACGACACGGUCGACUGCGAGGAACAACACGGGAUGCAGGGACCGAGAGAAGACCGAAAACAGACUGUCUGGUACAGCAGGAACGAACUCUGUAUCUUCUCCUUCAACAACCGUCCCGGGGGCGAAGGGGGCGAAACAGACCACCCUUACGGAGAUGUUCCCCAACCUGAGCAGCUGAACGAUGCUCUGCUGCUUUUAUCUGGGAUCUUGUUCACCCUUCAGACUCGAACCCUUGU